GUACGCGUCGUCGGCACGAAGGCACUUCGUCCGUCGUCAGCAGCAUUGAAUUUAGUCAUUGAAAUAGCCGAAUGAAAUUACAUUUUUGGGUUGGAAAUACAAAAAAACUGCCGCUUCUAAAAUGGAAGACAAACCACAGAUCAUCGCAUAUAUUCAGAAGUCUCUGAAUUUCACUCUGUACGACACAAGAUGGGUGCCGUGCAGUGCCCGCUUCGUCGUGCUUGGCAACCAUCCACGCAAGACCGGCGCCUUGCACGUCUAUGAAAUGUCGGCUGAAGGUGACGCGAAACUACUGCAAGAGGUUGAAAAGAAAGAAGCAUUCCGCUGUGGCACCUUUGGUGCAUCCAACAUUAACCAGAGACACUUAGCAACCGGAGACUUUGACGGGAAUUUAAGAAUAUGGGAUUUGGAGAAGAUUGAUAUUCCAGUGUACUCAGCCAGUGGUCACUCAGAGAUCAUCAACUGCAUCGAUGGAGUAGGAGGCCUUGGUAUAGGCGAAGGAGCGCCAGAGAUUGUCACAGGGAGUAGAGAUGGUGCUGUGAAAGUCUGGGACCCAAGGCAAAAAGACGACCCAGUGGCCAACAUGCAGCCAGCCGAGGGGGAGACCAAGAGAGACUGCUGGACAGUGGCAUUUGGUCAUGCUUACAACCAGUCGGACAGGUGUAUCGCAGCGGGUUAUGACAAUGGAGACAUCAAACUCUUUGACUUGCGCAAUAUGAGUCUUCGGUGGGAGACAAAUAUCAAGAAUGGGGUGUGCUCUGUUGAGUUUGACAGGAAGGACAUCAGCAUGAACAAACUUGCUGCUACGACAUUGGAGUCAACGUUUCACGUCUUUGACAUGCGUACGCAACAUCCAACAAAGGGCUUUGCUUCACUCAACGAAACUGCUCACAAAUCCACUAUUUGGCUGGCCAGACAUCUUCCACAAAACCGUGAUGUGUUCAUGACACUUGGAGGCUCAGGCACAUUAAAUCUCUGGAAAUAUUCCUAUCCAGAGAAGAGGGUCAAAGAUGACGGUAACGGAGUAGAAAUGGGCGUGAUUGGAUCCGUGAAUCUCUUACAGAAUGCUGCCCUGUCAACGCAACCCAUCGGGGGCUUUGACUGGAGUCCUGACAGGGAGGGGAUGUGUGUCUGUACGUCCUUCGAUCAGAUGCUCAGGGUGCUGCUGGUCACAAAACUCAACAGGGUUUAGGUCGGAAGAUGGUGCAAGUGAUGUCAAACAUGUCCUAGUGUGGGGGGGGGGGGGCAGCUAGGCCUGA